AUGCGAGGCCCUACGGCAGAUGGGGCGAAGGUCCCCUUCUGUAACGCCAAGGAAGAAAUCUGUGCCCGGGUCGAAACCUCGGAGGGCGACAGCGGCCGGGAGAGGCCGGACGCGCGCGGGCAGCGCCAGGACAUCGUCUGGAGGAACGUGGUCUGGAUGAGCCUGCUCCACCUGGGGGCCGUGUACUCGCUCGUGCUCAUCCCCAAAGCCCAGCUGCUCACGCUGCUCUGGGCCUACUUCUGCUUCAUCCUGACUGCCCUGGGCGUGACAGCUGGUGCCCAUCGCUUAUGGAGCCACAGGUCCUACAAGGCCAAGCUGCCCCUGAGGAUAUUUCUGGCUGUUGCCAACUCCAUGGCUUUCCAGAAUGACAUCUUUGAGUGGUCCAGGGACCACCGAGUCCACCACAAGUACUCAGAGACGGACGCUGACCCCCACAACGCCCGUCGAGGCUUCUUCUUCUCCCACAUUGGCUGGCUGUUUGUUCGCAAGCAUCGAGAUGUCAUUGAGAAGGGGAGGAAGCUUGACGUGACUGACCUGCUGGCUGAUCCCGUGGUCCAGUUCCAGAGAAAGUACUAUAAGAUCAGCGUGGUGCUCAUGUGCUUCAUGGUCCCCACACUGGUGCCCUGGUACCUCUGGGGAGAAAGCCUGUGGAAUUCCUACUUCUUGGCCUCUAUCCUCCGUUAUACUAUUUCGCUCAACGUCACCUGGCUGGUCAACAGUGCUGCUCACAUGUAUGGAAAUCGGCCCUAUGACAAGCACAUCAGUCCUCGGCAGAACCCGUUCGUUACCCUGGGUGCCAUUGGUGAAGGUUUCCACAAUUACCAUCACACCUUCCCCUACGACUACUCUGCAAGUGAAUUUGGCUUAAAUUUCAACCCAACCACCUGGUUCAUUGACAUCAUGUGCUGGCUGGGGCUGGCCACUGACAGGAAACGGGCAUCCCAGUCCGUAAUCAAUGCCCGGAGAGCAAGGACUGGAGACGGCAGUAUGUGA